AUGGCCUCCAUCAAGAUCACGCUCGCCGUGGACAGGUCGCGGAAUCGCUUCCUGUUCGCCGACGCGGGCUCUGAUUUCGUCGACGUCCUCCUCAGCUUCCUCACGCUCCCGCUCUCCGCCGUACAGUUCUGCGCGGCAGGUGCGUCAUCGCCGGGAUGCCUUUUCAACCUUUGUGACAGUGUCGACCGUCUCAGGGGCAGUGAGCUGCUCAAGGUUGAGGCCUGCCAUGGCAUGCUUCUCACGCCUUCGCACUACCACGAGUGCCUUGGAAUUACAUGCACUCACAAAACCUUUGCCAAGAACCUACCAAAUCAACACAGAGACGGCAAGUCCUGCAAGUGUUGGCUAGUCAUGGCUAGACUUGUGCACGCCUAUGAACAAGCAAGCCCUCGGUCUGGAACGUUUGUGAGAUGUAAGGAACGUUUUUUAAUCACCGACGACUGGACGAUCAAGCCGGCAUCCACCAACACCAUAAAGUCGCUGAUUCACAAGCUCAGUUCCGACGCCGUCUUCCAUGGUUUUGAGGAGGUGGAAGUGUGCGUCAGCUGGGAGAAGGUUGUAUCCAUGCUGAAGGCUUCUCUUUCGUCAGAUACCGUAUUUGCUGAUGUCUUUCUACCAAUGGGAAUUGAUGAUCAGGAUGCUCCUGUCAAUGUGAAACCAGCAAGCGUCGAUCAGAACAUUAAAUUAACUUCAGGAUCUUUAUCACAAAGCAAGAUCAAGCUUUUCUACGACAGGCAGGAGAAGAAGGUCAUGUAUGCUGAAUGCAAGCAUGACUUCGUCGAUCUGCUCCUUGGCUUCUUGACUUACCCGGUGGGCUCUCUGAUAAAAAACAUGACUGACGGUGCUGCCAUAUCUCAUCUUGGCAGCAGCAGGUUCAAAAAUCUGUACACGAGCGCCGUUGAUCUCAACGCUGCUGGAUUCAUAACAGAAGGCAACCGCAAGAAGGCGUUGCUGAAUCCGCCCCUUAGCCCGUUGAGCCAGCGCCGUGAGUGCUUCACCCUCAAAGAAGGCGAUCAACAACCGGAGAACUACAUGGGUCUGUUACCAUAUAGCUCGUGUGAUGACUGUUGUCAUGACCUUGUCGAAGACCGAAGGUAUGUUGUGGACGAUGAUCUACUCAUACACCAGGCCUCUGCGAUGUCGGUCGCGAAGCACUGGUGCAGGAGAGAAAAGGCUAACGUGAUGGACAUGGACAUUACCAUGGGGAAACAUGAGGCUGUUGUGCUACUUCAAGCCAUGCUUACCUCGAAGACAGUGCUGACCGAUGUGUUCAUCGACAGGCUGGAGGCAGUCCUCCCUCCAGAAGAACCCCAGGGCGUAAGACCAUAA